AUGUUUAGUUUAAAUUGCAGGCCGUCGUGGCUGAAGACACAUUCGCUGAGGAAAAUGAAAUCCCUAGCAGUUUUCGUCGGUCUCUUGGCCUUUGCUCUCUCUGAGCCUAUCUUCGAAACCAGUGCUACCAACUAUCAUGAGAGCAUUGGUAUUCACGAGGCUGUGAGGAUCAGGCAGACUGAAGAAGCUCUCGAUUUCGAUGGCUCCAGAAUCAUCGGAGGUGGUGCUUCUAACUUAGGAAACAACCCUCACUUGGGUGGUCUCGUCAUUGCUCUGACCAACGGCUGGACAUCCGUGUGCGGAUCUUCCCUCCUUAGUAACACCAAGGCUGUCACCGCCGCUCACUGCUGGUGGGAUGGAAGUAAUCAAGCUCGUCAAUUCACCGUAGUCUUUGGAUCCGUCCGCCUCUUCUCUGGUGGAGUCCGUGUUAACACCAACAAUGUUGUUAUGCACCCACAGUGGAACCCAAGAACCGUCAGCAACGAUGUUGGAGUCAUUACAUUCAACCACGUUGGCUACAACAACAACAUCCAGCCAAUCGCCUUGGCCUCUGGCAACAAUGCAUUCGUCGGAACCUGGGCCAUCGCUGCCGGUUACGGAGCUACCUCUGACUCUCAAUCCGGAAUCCCUAAUAACACCGUCCAAAGACAAGUCAACCUCAGAGUGAUCUCUGUCGCCGAGUGCCGCAGAACCUUCAACUUCAUCGCCGACUCUAUCCUCUGUGUUGACACGCAGGGAGGCAGAGCCAGCACUUGCGGUGGUGACUCUGGUGGUCCUCUCGCUACUGGCUCUGGAAACUCCAGAAGCUUGAUUGGUAUCACUUCUUUCGGCCACAGAGACGGUUGCGAAAGAGGCCACCCAGCUGGUUUUGCAAGAGUAACCUCAUACAACGCCUGGAUCCGAGGACGCAUGCCGUCGUGGCUGAAGACACAUUCGCUGAGGAAAAUGAAAUCCCUAGCAGUUUUCGUCGGUCUCUUGGCCUUUGCUCUCGCUGAGCCCAUCUUCGAAACCAGUGCUACCAACUACCACGAGAGCGUUGGUAUUCACGAGGCAGUAAGGAUCAGGCAGACUGAGGAAGCUCUCGACUUUGAUGGCUCCAGAAUCAUCGGAGGUGGUGCUUCUAACUUAGGAAACAACCCACACUUGGGUGGUCUCGUCAUUGCUUUGACCACCGGCUGGACUUCAGUGUGUGGAUGUUCCCUUCUUAGUAACACCAAGGCUGUCACCGCCGCUCACUGCUGGUGGGAUGGAAGGAAUCAGGCUCGUCAAUUCACCGUAGUCUUUGGAUCCGUCGCUCUUUUCUCUGGUGGAGUCCGUGUUACGACCAACAAUAUGGUUAUGCACCCACAGUGGAACCCAAGAACCGCCAGCAACGAUGUUGGAGUAAUUACAUUCAACCACGUCGGCUACAACAACAACAUCCAGCCAAUCGCCUUGGCCUCUGGCAACGAUGCAUUCGUAGGAACUUGGGCCAUCGCUGCAGGUUACGGAGCUACUUCUGACUCUCAAUCUGGAAUCCCACGUAGCACUGUCCAAAGGCAAGUCAACCUUAGAGUGAUCUCUGUCGCCGAGUGCCGCAGAUCCUUUGGCUUCAUUACCGAUUCCAUCCUCUGUGUUGACACUCAAGGAGGCAAAGUCAGCACUUGCGGUGGUGACUCUGGUGGUCCCCUCGCUACUGGCUCUGGAAACUCCAGAAGCUUGAUCGGUAUCACAUCUUUCGGCCACAGAGAUGGUUGCGAAAGCGGCCACCCAGCUGCUUUUGCAAGAGUGUCUUCACACACCGCCUGGAUCCAAGGACGCAUGUAA